AUGAAAUUUUUUCUUUUCCUUCUUUAUUUUUCAUAUAUUCAUUGUGAUUGUCUCGAAUUUAUUAAUAAUCAAUCAAUAAAUGAAUGUUUUAUUCAACAAACUAUAAAUUAUGAUUUAAAUGUACAUCAUUAUUAUUCUGAAUGUUUACAAUGUAAAAUUCAAACAAUAAUUCAACCUGAAAAUAUAAAAUUUGAAGAAAAUAAUCAAUGUUUAAUAAUUGAACUUCAAUGUAUUCAAUUAAUAUUUAAUAAUAAAGAAAUAUUUGAAGAUUUUUUUCAUAAUUAUCAACAAUUUAUAUAUGAUUUAUUUAAUAAAAAUAAUGGUACAGAUCAAAAUACUUUACAUAUUAUAAUAAAAGAAAAUACAAUUGAAGAAAUCAAUCUUGAAUAUAUUGAAAAUAUAUUUCAAUUAAAAUAUCAAAGUUAUCGUGUACUUUUUUUUGAAUUACAUAUAAUAAAAAAUCAAAAUAUUAAAAUAAAUCAAAAUCUUCUUUAUAUAAAACGUUUAUCAAUUAAAAUAAUUCUUAUAUGUAAUGAUGAAAUAAAAUCAAUACAAACUAUUUAUAUGAUUCAUAAUCAUAAAAUAACUUUAGAAAGUCAACAAGAUUUAUGUUUACCUAUAUUUAUUCCAUCAACAAUUACAAUAUCACCAAUAAUAAUUACUGAAACAUCUUCAAAUAUAUUAUUAUCUAUAUCACAUAAAAAAUCAAAAUCUAUAAUUCGAAUUAUUAUUCUAUUAACUAGUUGUUUAUUAUGUUUAUUAAUUUUAUUUAUAAUCUGUUGUUUUAAAUAUAGAAGAUAUUAUCGUUCAAAAUUAUCAAGAAAAACUGAAACAACUAGUGAACUUUCAAUUAGUCAAGAUACAAGUGUAGAAACACCAUUAUCAUUAAAUGAUAAACCUAAAUUAAAACAACCAAUAAGUCGAAUGCGUGCUAUACAAAUAUUUGAGGAUGAUAUUUAA